AUGUUGUACCUUCUAGAAGAAGCUAAAAGGCUAGACGAUUUACACAAAAGACGUCAAAGUCGCAGUAUACGCAAUCUUUAUAAAAUAUCAUCAGACAGAGAUUACAUACGCAACUACAGGCUCACCAGGGAUCUUAUAGAAAUAUUGGAAGACGAUCUCAUGCCUUUUUUGCCCCAACAAGUACGGCGUGGUGGGCUCAGUCAUCACACUAAGAUUCUAUGCACCCUAUCUUUUUUGGCCACUGGAAGCUACCAGAAUGUAGUUGGAAAAUCAUUUUUUAAUUAUGUAUCACAACCAUCUGCCAGCCGAGCUAUUAAUACAAUUGUCAAUGCACUAAAUCAUCCUGACAUAAUUAAAAAGUAUAUAAGAUUUCCACAAAAUCGUAAUGAAAGAGAAACUCUGAAACAAAGAUUUUUUGAGAAAUUUAAAAUUCCUGGUGUGAUUGGAUGUGUUGAUGGUACUUUGGUGGCCAUGAUUCGUCCCAAAACACAAGAAGAAAGAUAUUACUGCAGAAAAGGUUACCAUGCUAGAAAUGUUUUAAUUAUAAAUGACUGUGAUCUAAACAUAUUACAUGUGGAUGCUACAUUUGGAGGGGCUACACACGACAGCUUCAUUUUUAAUAAUUCUGUCAUACAGCAUCACCUGGAGCAACUAAACAAUGCGGGAGAGACAGCAUAUUUGUUAGGUGAUUCUGCUUAUGGGCAGAGAUCCUACUUGAUGACCCCAUGUGCCAAUCCUGAGCCUGGUUCUCCAGAGGAGCAUUACAAUACACUGCAUAGUACAGCAAGGAAUAGUGUUGAAAGGACAAUCGGAAUUUUAAAGGGCAGAUUUAGAUGUCUUCUGGUUCAUAGAGUUUUACACUAUGAUCCAGAAAUGGUGUCUAAAAUCAUUAUUGCUUGCUGUAUCUUGCACAAUAUUUGUAAUCGCGCUGGAUUACCAGUAUUAGAGUUGCCACAUAAUUUGCAAGAAGAAGAAAUUCGCGCAAAUGAAGUGCUACAAAGCGAGGGUCAUCACAUAGAGCCGGCAUCUCUAGGCGCCCUAGAACGUGGUCGGGCUUCCCGCCAGCAACUUAUAAAUAUUUUAUGGCGUGGGAGGCAUUAA